AACAAUGGCGGAUGUUCGAUUUUCAGUUCUUUCACCUUUAUUUUGGACUGCCAUUUGGAUGAUGGUUAAUGCAGCCAACUGCCAAAUUUGGUCUUAUGAUGAUGAGGACGAAUGGCAAAACGAAUGCAGCUAUCCGGAAUGUGACGAUAACAGCCAACCAAUAACUGAAGACUUUGGGGAAAGUUUUUUACCUGACGAUGGCGAAAGAGAUCAAGGUUUUUCUGAAUCAUCUUCGGGAUUCGGGUUGGACAAAAAUUCAUGGGACUACCAAAUCUUGCAUAAGACGAUCUUUGCCGAGGCUAGAGGUGAACCCGAGCUUGGCCAGCAAGCAGUUGCUUGGGUCAUCAAAAACCGAGCUGAUCAAAAUCAAGCGUAUUGGGGAGGUAACACGAUCGCUGGCGUCUGCCUUCAACCCUUCCAGUUCGAAUGCUGGAAUUCGGACAGGAGCUAUCUGAUAGAUGAGGCUAUAAGAAGUGACCCGGAGGCCUUCAAUGCCAUUGAUGUUUGGCUGCCAGAAGUCUAUUUAAACCCUGAUCCAACAGACGGAGCUGAUCACUACAAUAAUCCCGACAAGGAAGGGUACCCUCCUUGGACUAGCAAUGUCAAUCCCGUCAUUAAAAUUGGCAAUCAUCAAUUCUAUAAAAGCAAAUGAGAAUAAUUUCACGUUAUUGCCAU